CGAAAUACCUUCAAGAUGGUAGACCAAACACCCGGAAUGACGCACGAGGACUCGAUUGGCUCGCAGGAUCCGCAUAACCAGGAGGAAGAGAAGAAGACGAAGAGCAGGAGGCCAGCAAAUACUGCGUUCCGCCAGCAGCGAUUAAAGGCCUGGCAACCGAUUCUCACUCCGAAAACCGUCCUCCCAUUAUUCUUCGCCAUCGGCAUCAUAUUUGCGCCCAUCGGAGGAGGAUUAUUAUUUGCCAGCGCGCAGGUCCAAGAAAUCAUCCUAGACUACUCAAGAUGUUACCUCGACGCUCCAGAGUUUCCUGCCGACGCGACAACAAUGCCAGGCAAUCUAGUCACAUCGCAUUUCAACAAUAAGAAUCAUGCACGGGACGACGCCCCGCAAUGGGUGAGAAGAGCCAUCAAUGUUACCUAUGGGCCGGAUGAUCCUCUUGUUGGCUCAGGACCCGUCCCGGCCACACGCUGCACCAUCACCUUCUCGAUUCCAGCAAACAUGACACCCCCAGUCCUCUUCUACUACCGCCUCACAAACUUCUACCAAAACCACAGGCGAUACGCGAAGUCCUUCAACACGGCCCAACUCUCCGGAACAGCCGUCUCCGCCGGCGACGUCCACAGCAGUGACUGCACGCCUCUGACAACUGUGACUGAAAAUGGUGUCCAGAUACCUUACUACCCUUGCGGUCUUGCGCCAAACUCCGUCUUCAAUGAUACAUUCUAUUCCCCAGUCCUCCUGAACGUUGAAGGCGGUAACGCAGACAACAGCACUUAUGUGAUGCAGAACACCUCUAAUAUAUCCUGGGAGAGCGACAAGAAGCUCUACGGCCAAAGCAAGUACAACUGGUCCCAGGUUGCCGUGCCACCAAAUUGGGAGAAGAGAUACCCGAACGGCUACAGCGAUGCUUACCACCCGGAUCUUGUGAAUGACGAGCAGUUCCAGGUCUGGAUGCGUCUUGCAGGCCUCCCGACUUUCAGCAAGCUUACGCAGCGCAACGAUACCGCGACUAUGAUCUCAGGACGAUACUCGGUCGAUAUUGACCACCAUUUCAACGUAACCGAAUACGGCGGCACAAAGUCCAUCAUCAUCUCCACUCGAACCGUAAUGGGCGGUAAGAACCCCUUCCUCGGCAUCGCCUACGUGGUCGUCGGUGGCAUCUGCAUCGUGCUCGGCGCGCUCUUCACCGUCACGCACCUCAUCAAACCCCGAAAACUCGGCGACCACACGUACCUGAGCUGGAACAACGCGGCGCCCAGCGCGGCUGUGCAUGCUAGUGGACGGGAUUUGGGCGGUGAGUGAUAUGUGUAAGCGAGGAACGAGUCUUGAGGUAAAAUGUUGAAGUUGAAUGGAUGGGGGAGACGAUGUACAACAGCCAUCGGUGGCCUUCCUUAUCACGGGAUCACGCUUUCAUUAUGGUUCGAUUUUCAUUGUGUUUCCGGCAAAGCGGUCUGGCGUCGUCUUUUCUCUCCUUGGUUGUGGUUGGGUGGAAAUUGGGUCUGGUUUGUUUGAAUCUAGUAUAGCUUAGAAUUGUAUCAGAUGCAUUUACGCCACCUGGUUCCAGCGAAGACUGAUCAAUG